GCGCGGAGGGGGAGUGAAAACUAGAGGAGGGCGAGAAAGCGAGGCGCGCCACUGCUCCGGGAGAGGAGGGCAGUGUGGAGCGAGACGCGGGCAGAAGCUGCUUCGGCUGCGGAGAGGAGGGAGCGCGGCGCCGAGAGGAGGGGCUUGCGGCCCCGUAGAAAUGUCAAUCAGAGUCCAGAGCCCCGAGACUCUCCGCCAAUCUGUUCGGACCUGACCUGGCUCCUGGUCGUCGCCUCCGUCGCUACUGCCGGGGAGCAGAUCAAUAGGCGAGCGCGCAGCGCAGCGCAGCACAGCGCAGCACAGGAGGUAGAGCGGCCCCAGUCCGGCCCAGCCCCCGAUGCGCGCCGCAGCCCGCGGGCGGCGCUGAGUAAGGCGGCCUCGGGGGCCAGGCCCCCGCUCCGUCGGUGCCCCGCGGGCCACCAUGUCCUUCCCCCAGCUCGGAUACCAGUACAUCCGCCCGCUCUACCCGUCCGAACGUCCAGGGGCCGGCGGCGGCGGCAGUGCGGGGGCCCGGGGAGGCCCGGGCGCCGGAGCCUCAGAGCUGGCAGCCUCAGGGUCCUUGUCCAGCGUGCUCUCGUCCGUGUACGGGGCGCCCUACGCCGCGGCCGCAGCGGCCGCUGCAGCCGCCCAAGGUUACGGUGCCUUCCUGCCUUACGCCACGGAGCUACCCAUCUUCCCGCAGCUGGGUGCGCAGUAUGAGCUGAAGGACAGCCCUGGGGUUCAGCAUCCGGCCGCUGCCGCCGCAUUCCCACACCCGCACCCAGCCUUCUACCCGUAUGGCCAAUACCAGUUUGGAGAUCCGUCCCGUCCCAAGAACGCCACCCGGGAGAGCACAAGCACGCUCAAGGCCUGGCUGAACGAGCACCGCAAGAACCCCUACCCCACCAAGGGCGAGAAGAUCAUGCUGGCCAUCAUCACCAAGAUGACCCUCACCCAGGUGUCCACCUGGUUUGCCAACGCGCGCCGGCGCCUCAAGAAGGAGAACAAGAUGACGUGGGCGCCCCGCAGCCGAACAGAUGAGGAGGGCAACGCAUAUGGCAGCGAGCGCGAGGAAGAGGACGAGGAGGAGGAUGAGGAGGACAGCAAACGCGAGCUGGAGCUGGAGGAGGAGGAGCUCGCGGGGGAGGAGGAGGACACGGGGGGCGAGGGCCUGGCAGAUGAUGACGAGGACGAGGAGAUUGAUUUGGAGAACUUAGACGGCGCGGCCGCGGGGCCUGAAUUGGCCCUGCCUGGGGCGACACGCAGAAACGGUGACUUCAGUCUGGGGCCCAUUUCGGACUCUAAGAAUAGCGACUCGGAUGACAGCUCCGAGGGCUUAGAGGAGCGACCACUGCCGGUCCUGAGUUUGGCCCCAGCGCCACCGCCCGUGGCUGCGGGUCCACCAUCUCCUCCCUCGCCUCCCGUGGGCCUGGACCCCUGCGCACCCGCACCAGCAGCCGCCGCCUCCCUUCAGAAGCCCAAGAUUUGGUCACUGGCAGAGACGGCCACAAGUCCCGACAACCCGCGCCGUUCGCCACCCGGCACGGGUGGUUCUCCCCAAGGGGUUGCGGUCUCGUCCCCGGCCCUGCAGCUCUCACCGGCCGCCGCCGCUCACAGACUCGUCUCGGCGCCGCUGGGCAAGUUUCCCGCUUGGACCAACCGGCCGUUCCCAGGCCCGCCAACCGGCCCACGCCCACACCCGCUGUCCCUGCUCGGCUCGGCCCCUCCGCACCUGCUGGGACUGCCCGGAGCCGCCGCUGCCUUCGCUCGGCCAGCAGAGCCCGAGGGCGGAACAGAUCGCUGUAGUGCCUUGGAAGUGGAGAAAAAGUUACUCAAGACGGCUUUCCAGCCCGUGCCCAGACGGCCCCAGAGCCACCUGGACGCCGCUUUGGUCUUAUCGGCUCUCUCCUCGUCCUAAUUCUUUUUUAAAGAAAAAACAAAAUUUAAAUCGUUGUAAUAAUUGUAAAAAAAAAAAAAAUCGCUCUGUAUAGUUACGACUUGUAAGCAUGUCCGUGUAUGAAUAUCUAAAAAGGAAA